AUGGCAUUCCUCUUCAAGAGCAAGAAGAAUGCAGACAAAGCCCAGGCCGCGAAAGAUGGCAGCCCGAACGGUGUCGCUGGAUCACAAUCAUCUCUGCAGAGUGCAAAUGGGCGUAUGAACGAAAAGAGCGCGGUGCAGCAGUCUUCGACACCUGGGAGCAGUGUAAAUAAUUCCUUGAACUCACUGCAAGGAGGUUCUACUGCGACACCGAGCCCUGAGCAAGUCAACGGCCGGCGAGGACCUGUUACAGAACCGGCACAAGAUCUUCCUGCAAUGCGCAAGGGGGAAAUUCUCUCGAUUCUGCGAAACGGGAGUGCGCCUGCCAGUCAAUCAAUGAAUUCGAAUCCCAAUGCCUCCUUAUAUCCCUGGUCUCAGCGGAGGUUAACAUAUACUACGUCGCAUCCGAGCCCAUUCCCGCGAUAUGGCGCGGCUGUUAAUUCGGUAGCCUCGAAGGAGGGCGAUAUCUACUUGAUGGGAGGUCUAAUUAAUAGCUCGACAGUGAAAGGGGAUUUAUGGAUGGUAGAGGCAGGAGGGAAUAUGGCAUGCUAUCCGCUCGCGACAACAGCGGAGGGGCCAGGACCUAGAGUUGGACAUGCCAGUCUACUGGUUGGAAAUGCUUUCAUUGUGUACGGUGGAGAUACGAAGAUGGACGACUCCGAUGUUCUAGACGAGACGCUGUAUCUUCUGAAUACCUCCACCAGACAAUGGUCAAGAGCGGUACCUGCAGGACCCCGACCAGCUGGACGAUACGGACAUUCGCUCAAUAUUAUUGGUUCCAAAAUCUACGUCUUUGGUGGCCAAGUCGAAGGAUACUUUAUGAACGACUUAGUGGCAUUUGACCUGAAUGCAUUGCAAAUACCUACAAACCGAUGGGAAAUGCUCAUUCGGACUACCGAUGAUGGGGCAGGGCCUGGCAUUCCUCCAGCGAGAACGAAUCACUCUAUUGUGACUUAUAACGAGAAAUUAUAUCUAUUUGGGGGUACUAAUGGUUAUCAAUGGUUUAAUGAUGUUUGGUGCUAUGACCCACAGACUAAUACUUGGAGCUCCCUCGACUGUAUUGGAUACAUACCCGCCCCUCGAGAAGGACAUGCGGCUGCGAUUGUCGACGACGUAAUGUAUAUAUUUGGUGGACGAACAGAAGAAGGAACAGACCUGGGGGAUUUAGCAGCGUUCCGAAUAUCCUCGAGGCGAUGGUACACUUUUCAGAAUAUGGGUCCUUCGCCUUCCUCAAGAUCAGGCCAUAGCAUGACGGCAUUUGGCAAGCAAGUUGUUGUUCUGGCAGGAGAGCCUAGCACGGCGACGAAGGAGGCUCAAGAUCUGGGGCUUGUCUAUUUGUUGGAUACAAGCAAAAUCCGGUAUCCUAACGAUCAGCAAAUACAACAAACCCCUUCCGGGGAGCGCGUAGCAGGUCAAAGACGGCCGAGCGGCGCAGACAAGAGCGGUAUGGGUGCGAACCGAGGAUUGCCUCGGGACGGCUCGUCCCUGCCUGAACCUAAGAGGUUUGGUGGACCACCACGAGAAAGCGUUAUGGGCGCCGGUCCUUUCGGUCCUCGUGGUAAUGGGACUGGGCAACCUGGGGUCAAUGGCAAUGAUAUCAAUGGGGUUGCUCCUGGGUCUGCGCAGCCCCAAGGUCCACAACAAGGCCAGCAAGGCCCCCAGCAAGGGCCUCAGCAAGGGCCUCAGCAAAGUCCUCCGAACCAAGGCCCACCUGGAGGAUCCAAGCUUCCUAGAGCAUCAGUCGCCCAAGCUCCUUCCGGUCCACCACCUCAACAGCAAGCACCAGCUCCUCGCUCGAAUGUACAGAUUCCAAACCUACGAGGUAAACCACAAGGCAAGCCCGAGAGAGGGUUUGGACCAGCUGUCGAUACUAGUGUACGAAACCCUGCAGCCGAAAAUGCACCAUCUCCAGUGCAACUUAGGACAAUGUCUCCAGCUCCAAAGGAAACCCCCAUCGCAAAUACCAUUGUAAAUGGGCGAAGAACGCCAACCCAAGCCCAGCAAUCUCAAAAGCCUGCACCUAACGAGAACGGCCCUCCUGUAAGCCUGAACGGAAACUCGACAAGAUCCUCAUCCAAGUCCAGACAAGGUCGUCAACAAAGCUCAGUUGACAGUACCAACGAACAAUCCCUAACCCCCCAAUCCUCGCUCAAGAAUGUCACCAAUCGUCAAACAUCCCCACCUCCUAGUGGCAGCGCUCCAGCCAGACAGACUAGUAAUCCACUUAGCCGCAAAGGAUCUGCUCGUAAUUCUCAGACUGUUGCUGUGCUGAAGGAACUAGACGCCGCAAAGAACCGAAAUGCCUGGUAUGCCUCUGAGCUUGAGCUUGCGCGGAAAGCUGGCUAUUCUCCAAACCCAUCGAGCAGUCCAAUUCUAGAUCAACGAGCAGCGGAAUCGUUCGACGACGAUGACAAGCCCUUGAUCGAAGCGUUGCUAGCUAUGAAACAGGAAUUGGCAAAUGUUCAGGCCUCGAUAGACAAACAAGCUGUUCUUGCCGCGAAACAAAUUGCAGAAGUUGAGAAACAACGGGAUGCUGCGGUUAGCGAAGCAGUUUAUGCCAAAGCCAAACUAGCGGCACAUAGCGGCAGUCAAAACAGCACCCCUCAGCCCGACAGUGAUUCUCGUGAUUUAGGGAUCUUAUCGAAUGAUCGAUCGAACGAUAUUAGCAGGAAACUUGCUGUGGCCCUAGCCGAGCAACAAGAUCUGAAGAAUCAGAUUGAGACACUAACCACUGAUCUGGAUGCCGAGAAACGUGGAAGACAACUGGCCGAAGAUACCGCAAAUGCUGCGCAAAACCGGAUGAGCGAGUUAGAGAAUUACAAGCAGUCAAACUCGUCGGAGGUUGAGCGCUUGAAGGCCGAGUUAUAUGAGGUCACGACCAAGGCACGGGAUGAAGCAAUUAUCUUAGCCGAAGCUGUGGCCGCAUCUCAACUUAUUCAAGUCGAAAAAGAUGAGCUAGAAGCGAAGUACAAUGAGUCUGUGGGGUCGUCGAAAGACCACAGUGACACUUUCGAGUCUCUUAGAGAAGCCGUUUCUUCAUCUGCUGACAUGAGAAAUCUCCUCGAACGCAAGCUUGAAGAAGAACGUUCCCAGCGAGAAAUCGUUGAAGGGAAGCUUAGCAAGCUCAGGGCUGAACACGAAGCUCGUACAUCUGAGUUGGAGAUUGCUACCAAACGUCUACAAGAUGCGGAAGAACUGGUAGAACAACAUGCCAGUGAGGCUCGCACUCAUCGACAGGCGGUUCUCGCCGGCCUUGAUAGGGUUGCAGCGAGAAACGUAGGCUCUAAUCAUUCUUCCAACGACGAGCGAUCUGCUGCGCUGCAAGCUCAAGUCAAGUCUGCGAAUGAUUUGGUCCGAAAGUACCAAGCCAUCGCUGAUACCGCUUCUGAGAAGUUACGUAGUGCUGAAGAGCGGAUUGCUGGUCUGGAAGCUUACCAAGAGCAAGCUAGCCGAGAAGGCAUGUCUAUCCGCAAGCAACUCCAAACAACUAUGCGCGAGAUUCAAACACUUCAAGCUGCAAACUCAGACUUGAAGCACAAACUGGCCAACCAGCAGUUGGAGACGAACGCCGUUCACGUCCAGCACAACACCUUGAAAGAUAUUUUGGGCGAGCGUGGCAUCAGCCCUGGUGGUGCAGCUCGGGCACGUGGCAUCAGUCCUGCUAGUACUGCUCGUGCACGUGGCCUUUCUAGUCCGCUAUCUGGAGCCAACACCCCUGAUCCAGCUCGCCUCCGCGAACUCGAACAACAGCUUGUAGCUAGUAACCAAGCUCUUCAAGAAACAAGGGAAACCUACGAGGGUCGCGAACAGCAAGCCGAGGGUGCCUACCGAGAGAAGUUGACGCAACUUGAGAAUGAUUACCAGUCCGCAGUACACUAUGUCAAGGGCACCGAAAAGAUGCUUAAACGCAUGAAGGAUGAGUUGGCGAAAUACAAGUCGGAGAAUACGCAUAUGAAGGAGCAACUGCUUGAAGCAGAUGAGGCCGUAGCUGCGAAAUCAACAGCUCCAUCUGCUUGGGAAGAGGAGCGAUCCUUAUUAACCAAGCAGAUUGAUUUCUUACAGGCAGAGAUGAAAUCUUCAGCAUCACAACUCGAAGCCCAAAUGGCACAAGUGCGGAACGAACUAGCAAUCGCUCACCAAGAGCGCGACGAUAUCAAGGAAAACCACGAGGAGAUGUCCCGACAGCUAUCGGUCACAACGCACCAAUCACGAUCUGACCUCGCGCAAUUACAGCAAGAGAACGCCCUCCUGGAAAAACGUGCUCAAGAUGCCGAGCAGAAAGUUUCAUUGCUACUCGACCAAGUCGAAAGCUCGGUCGAUAACUACCGUCGUCAGUCCCGGCAAAUUGAACCCGCCAACUCCAAUGGAGGUGGAGCAAGUGGAGCACCAUCCCAUCAACGUACACUCUCCACUUCCGAAAGCGUAUCGGAUGCCUCACUUUACGGCGCCGACAACCGCAACUCCAUGGCCCUCGACAGUCUCGCCAGCGAACUCGAAACCUUACGCACACAUUGGGAAACCACAAACAAAAAUUACCGUUUAAGCAACGCGUUUGAUUACGAUGAUCGGCCAAUCCUGCCGAAGCUGGAGGAGGAGAAGGAUGUUGAUGUGGGGAGUCUUAGCGAGUGGCGGAAACGACUUGAUGCGGAGGAGGAGACGAGUAGGAGUCGCAAGGGUAGUGGUAGUGAUGGGGCGUUGAUUCCUGGGAUAGGGAAGAGGGAGAUGAGUCCAAGUGGGAAGGAGGUGGGCGGGGCUGCGGCAGCGAGGGAGAGUCAGGUCAAUGUUAUUUGA